AUGAUACCACAUCCCAUUCUUGCCACUUCAGAUGAUGAGGAGUACGUCCAGCAGAGUAUUAUUUCUUUAGAAGGGCUUAUAGAGAAUUUCUUUCAACUCCUCGAAGGUGUAUAUCUUGAGGGUAAACAGGAACAAAUGUCUCAUGCCCAAGGUGUCUAUCACACUAUUCAAUCUACACUAAAAGUACUUGUUUCCGUACCGGCGUCAUCCUAUCGAAAGAAUGUUCCUGGAUUUGUUGCGGAUGAGGAACUCCCAAAACAAUUGGGACGAAUGGGAAAUCUUUUCUUAGAUGAUGUAGUGGGUGUCGGACCAAAUGCACUGACAUGGAAAAAAUCUCUUACUCGAUUAGCACAGGAUGUUGCAAAACAUGCUCAAGAGGUACGUAUUAAAUUUCCUUUUAUGGCUUCUUUUAUAAGAAGUGGAAUUACAUAUAAUUCAGUUUUAUUUGCUGUAUUUAUAGUUAUUUAUAUUAUUGCUCUUUUGUGGGCAAUUGUAGCACUCACUGUUCUUCCAAUGGUUGGCCCACCACCUUUUGUCGCAUCUCUUGUAGGAUCUGUUGCUGGAGUUAUUUUAAUUAUUACGAGUGUUAUCAUACUUUUUCAUUUUAUAGUCGCAACGAAAGCAUUACAAGAAUUAUAUACAUGUUUGCUUGAGGAGCGUAUGAACGCCAAACCCUAUCUUUAUUCUUUAUCUAAUAAGAAUGAAGAUACAAUAGUUAAAAAAAGUUCACCCCAAAAAACUCGAGUUGAACGUGGUCGUGAUACGAAAAGAGGAUAUUAUACAAUUCCUUAUGGUGAUGAUGUAGGAUACAUUGAUGGAAGACAUGUAGAUACACAAGUAGUAAUGAUAGGAUUUGAUGAAAAUUAUCUUAUUACUAGGUGGAAUAUAGCUGCAGAAGCAAUGACUGGUUUUCUUGAAAAUGGAUGUAUUGGGAAACCACUUUCUGAACUUGUUGAUACUCCAAGUGGUAAUGUUCCAUAUGAUCUUUCUAUGCUUAAAUCAUCAAGAGGAGAUGUAAUGAAAGUAAAACUUCGAGCUUUUGCUACAGCACCAGUAACUCUUUUUACUAUAGCUGUUCCUAUUUUAAAUCCUGUUGGAAAACCUAUUGGAAGUAUUCUUAUUUGUGCAAAUGCCAAAGAUAAUUUAAGAGAAUUUCGCUCUUAUAUUCGUGAUUACAUUACAUCAGAAGUAAAUCAUUAUCUUUCUUUCUUAGUAGAAAGAGGUUUAGUAAAACAAGAAGGGUGUACUGCUAUUGACUCUUUAAAAUCUUUUUUAAAGUGUGCAGCAGAAAAACAAGUAGAGGAAUUAGCUCGAGAAAUGCAUACCGAAUGGGAGUGGACUACAUCUGAUCAAUUAUUAGGUCAUGCAAUAAAGUCUUCUAAGAUAAAUCAUACAAAACAUGUAGAUCCUGCAUUUCCUUCUACUCUUUGUUUACAUCCACUUGUACCUAAUACUAUUGCUUCUUUGGUUAAAACUAUGCCAGAUUCUUCUGUGGUAAAAUUACAAAUAUUAAAUGAAGGUGGUAAUAUAUUCGCUUUAUCUGUAAAAGUUAUUCCUAUUAAUGAGGAUCCUACUAAACAAUCUUUGAAUGGAAAUAAUUUACAAGCAAUGAUUAUGCCUAAUUUACGUAGAACCUGUGGAAAUUUAUAUGAUGAAGGAAAUUCUAUUUCUUUACGUUUUCCAUGUCAGAUUACUCUUGCUUUAGAAGAUACGGAUGAUGCCGCUAUAAGUGUUUUUCAGACUCGUAGUGAACAAUCUCUUAUUGAUCAAACACGUGCUAUUGUGAAUUGUACAGUAAAUGUUUUGACACUUAUUACAAAUUUAGUAGAUCAACAUAAUAUUUCUAUGAUUUUACUAAAAACUAUGUUUGUAUCCCUAACAACUGUACGAGAUAGACGUGAAUUGGAAAAACGUUUAGAAACUUCACCAAAUGAAAUAGAUGUAAUUGUAUGUGAUUGUGGUUGGUUAAGUUCUGUAAAAGAUUUAAUUGUUUCUUCUAGUAUUGGUGCUAUAGUUGUUCCUAUUGCUGAAACUGGGGUGUCGUUUGUUUCAGAUUUUCAGUAUGUUAUUAAUACUCCUAUUUCUAGUGUGGAUAUACGACGAACUCUUAUGGAUAUUGGUACUGCCGUUUCAUUAAGAAAAAAUGCGAAUACUGCACGAGAAGAACGUGAACGCAUUUUAACUCUUCGUCAAGAUUCUCCAUGGACAAAAGGAAAAUUACUUGGUCGUGGUUCAUUUGGAGCCGUAUAUGAGGCAACAAGUGACUUGACUGGAGGAAAAAUGGCGGUUAAGAUGUUUUAUUUUGCUGCUGAUAAUGAAGAAUCUAUUAAUAAACUUCUUAAUGAGAUAAAAAUUAUGUGUAGUUUGAACCACCCAAAUAUUGUUCACUAUUUUCAUUGUGAACGUAAAGAUAACAAUGUAAAUCUAUUUAUGGAACUAUGUGAUGGUUCUUUAGGUGAUAUUAUUAUUGGAAAAAAGGCAAAACCACCUACUGUAACGGUUGUUCAAAUACUUCGACAAAUAUUAACAGCUAUUACAUAUUUACAUGCACGUGGUGUAGCACAUCGUGAUAUAAAACCCCCAAAUAUUUUACUUAAGGGUGACACUGUAAAAAUUACAGAUUUUGGUACCGCACGGGAAGGUAAAACAAGUAAAGAUGUACAAGGAACACUUCGGUAUAUGGCUCCAGAAGUCUACAGAGGAGAGGCACACUCUAGUCCAUGUGAUAUUUGGUCUAUUGGGUGUUUAGCAAGUGAACUCUUCGCCUGUCCACUUAAGUUUAUGAAUAACUCUAUACUUUUGGCGGAUAUCAAAUCUACCAACAUGUAUUUAGAUAAUAUCACUGAAAGUGUUACAUUACAGGAUUUUCUGAGUAAGUGUUUUCAACCAGAUCCAGAGAAACGUCCAACAGCUGCAGAUCUUCUUUUGCAUCCACUAUUUUCUCCCAUGUGUAGUGCAGAAAUAGAAAGUUUACCAACAAUUUUUGCAAUAAAGGAAAAAGAAGAAUUUGCUUUUUCUAUAUGUUCCCAGAAAGAAUGA